AUGGACUUGUCGUUCCUGCUCGCAUAUCUUGCUAUCCUGGCGCAUUAUCUGAUACUCCCGCCCUCAACAGUGUUUGCUCCGCCUCAGCUCCCGUCUCCAGAUGUACGGGAGAUUUUCAUGCUCGUCUACUCGUUGACCAAACUCCUACGAUCAUCCUCGUUAUCCGCCACCCCAUACGCCUUGGUCGUGGCUGCAUUCUUUACACACUUACCGUCCGUUCCCCUUCCGGACGACUUUGCAUACGCCAUAUUACUCUUCGCGUUCUCAUGGGUCAUCGUUGAGUUGCACGUCCCUCAUUAUCCCACGCCGCUCUACUUCCUUCCAUUCGACAAGGUCCUACCACUCAUGAUCCUCAUCUGGCACGGGGUAUCUCGCAUAUUUGUCCCCGUGCUCGUGUUCUUCCUCCCUGCGAUAAUCUUGUCGCUGUUUCUUCUGUCUACAUCGCUAUGGGAUAUGUUUCCACAAGGGCUCGCCUCGAUUCAAGCAGUACCUGCACCCUUGGAGGCGAGGAUGGGCUUCUUGUUGCUAUGCUCCCUGCUGCUUUUGCUGUUACUCUUAUCGCUUGGCAUACUGGUCCUCACGUACCCGAGUCUCUCGUCCAAAUCGUCCUCAAGCACUUGGGACCGGUACUCGGGUCAUAUUGGUAUGGAGGCGCGACGAGCCUUCAUCAAUGUCGUCGUCGAAUAUUCGGCGCCAUUUUACUUCCCACCUCCGCUCAACAUCCUUCAAUCACUCGUGCAGCUUCCCGCCAAGCUUGGAGCCCGUUCAAGGCACAAGGAGCGGAUUGAGAAGGCAAAGAUGGUUGAAAGAGGGGUUUGGCGGUGCAUGACGGCGGACAACGCGAGCGCGCCGUCGGCUACCGCGCUGUCCACGAGAGCGCUGCCCAUUGUUCAGAUUACCAACCUCGCAACGUUAUGCGUUCGAGUGUUUGCAGACAACUUACGGAACCUGUCGGCAGAUGAACGCAUAUGGGAGUCCGUUCGCUCAUACCUCAAAGCACUGCCGGACUCCCUCGCCUCGAGAGUGUUCAACGCACUCAAGUCAACGUGUCCGACGAUCCUGAGCAAUGGGUUCAUACUUGCAGCUGAUCUCGAGCACUCACAGUAUUUCAUCAGGGGCACCUCUAUUGCCUUAGACAAGAGCUUGCUAGCAGGCGUCAACAAGCAGUCUAUAGCGGCCGUCCGCGAAUCUACAUCGAGCAGAACUCUGCGGGAACUGCGUCUAAACGACUUCGAGAAGGAACCAGAUAGCUUGUUUGCAUCCGUGGUGUUAAAUCUCCCGGCACUGCAGGUUCUCGUUUUGCGCGGAUGCACCAAAGUAGGCAACAAGACAACACAGGCGGUCGCCAAGACUUGUGAACGGCUGACGGCUCUCAACCUGAACUACACAUCCGUGCUGCCCGCAUACCUGGAAGAGGUGCUCCUUGCUUGUAAAGAUCUUGAGGUCUUGAAGCUGGCAGGCAUCCUCAAAUGGUCCGAUGCUGCGCUCGUCAAGCUAUGCUCGACCCUGAGUAGUCAGAAAGACUUUGAACUUUCCUCACUACGCUCAAUCAAACUGCGUCAAUUACCUCUCAGCGACACCGCUUUGACGCCCUUGUUCGCAUUGUGUCCAAACCUACGACGCGUCGACCUGUCAUUCACGCUCGUCCGACAUCCGUCCCAGUUAUUAGCCGGCCGAAGUCUCGAAAAACUGUCACUAACCUCUACAAACAUCACUGGCACAGAACUUCUUGCCACGGUUUCUGACAAACACGAACUGGCGACCUUGAACAUCGCCGCCCUGGGAGGAGGACAGGGAUCCUCUGCGGCCAUCUCGAAUUCGUCAGCCAUGAGCAUGACCGACCAGGUGCUCCGCGACCUAACCGAUAUCCUGGACGACUAUCCUCGUCUAGAGCGCAUCAAUCUAGUCGGCAACACGAAAUUAGGGAUGGUUGGGAAGCGUGACGGUCCUCUCGAAGACUUCAUAUUUAGAGUGGGGAGGAGGUGUAAGAUACUGAACCUAGCAAGACUUCCGUCCUUGAAAUCAACAGACCUUGAGGGUCUGGUGUGGAACGGUCCGCCCGAGGAACCCUCGCAGCUUCGCGUCUUGAUUUUGAACCAGACGGCCGUUGACGAUCUAGCAGCAGCAUGUAUAUCAGGUUGUCCGUCACUGGAAAUGCUGGCGGUUGGCGGCACGCGAUUUACCAGUACAGGGCUGUUCCAGAUUAUCAAUGCCUGUCCGAAGCUACAGGAACUCGAUUUGACAAGUUGUCGCGGCGUGAGGGUCGGCGAUCGCCGCAGAUUUUUUGAGGUCAGAACGCACGGCUGGGUCAAACAACAACCCGCCGAGGACGACGCCACAUCCAAUGCUGUUGAUGCGCCACCCAGGCUGCACCGAAUGUGGACGAUAGGAUACUUGUAUGGGAACUGGGGAGACGAGCCACAUCGCCCGACAGUGUUCUACGAAACACUCACUGCGCCGUACGUCCCAGUUUCUCCAGAGCCCGAGCGUCCACGGGAGCGCAAUACUGCGCGUGCGUCGCCACCUCCAGGCUACUACCCAGCAACUCCGCCGUCUGUGCAAAUGGUCCAGUGGGACCACCUAGAUCCUGCACAACUUCCAGACGACGAGUCUGACUCCGACAAUGAGGCAACUGUGGAGGACUUGCGGGAUGAAGACCUUGACUUCCGUAAGCUAUAUAGGCAAAGCAAUCCAUUUGAAUGGGCCACUGGUCAUGCGAUGGUGAACUCGCAACUUCUAUACCCAAUCCGCCGCUGCGUUUCGUAUACCCUUUCUGCCAAUGUAGGCGUGCUCGGCGUCGCACCUAUACCAUACAUCAAGAAAUCCUGGUCCUUAAAGCAGUCGUCUGCAUACGACGACUUCUUGAGAGAGCUCGCUCUCUUCAAAUCUUCAGAACACCUGAAGCCUCUACAAACUAAUGUCGCGCCCGGUAUGAUCGGUGCGUACAUGGACACACGGUCAAUCUCUUUCGCCAUGGAGGUCCCGCACGGCUCGUUCUGGAUCGAGGCGUGCCCGGAUAUGCCAUUAGCCCUUAAGCAGCAAGUCAUGUCUGCUCUUGCCAAGCUUCACGAGCGCGGUGUUCUUCACGGCAAUCUACAACUCUAUAACAUUUGGAUCGGCGCAGACGCACGAGUACAAUUCAUCGACUUUUCAUGCAGUCGCUCCUUGCGUCCUAUUCCGGAAUGUGACAUCAGGCGGGCUACGAAAGCGGAGCUCGAGCAAGAGAGGAUCGUGCUUGCUACCAAACUUGACAUUAGAUCCACCCGCCCGCCAAACCAGCACGAAAUCCCACACCGUUUCAUGAUGCCCGGACAGUCACCGCAGCAGGUGCAGGACGCCAUCGACCAAUUCCGGAUGACUGUGGAAGCGAUGGAGGCUCUACGCGUCCGUAAUCUCACUCCGCUCGACGAUUACGAUCCAUACAAGCAAAAUACACGCAAACACCGACAUUCUGACGAUCCGGAACAGCGCCACGUCAAGCGGCGUUACAGGGACGUGCCGCCAGAGGUCAUGCCCCUCAAUCCAUACCCCACUUCUUCGUGGCAUGUCUUCGAACUGUCAUCCAGCGUCGGCGAUCUACCUCCUGCGUGCCGGUCACGUAAGCGACAGAGAGAUCCUAUCGUCCGCGACUACGCCUUCAAGCCUUCUCCUUCUUCCAGCGUAUUGAAGUCUUACGAACGCAACACGAAGUCCUUUUCAGAGGUUUCGUCUGCGCACGAUGAUCUUCUUCCCGCGGCUACCUCGUCGGUGGCUUCGACUCCUAUCAAAAUACAUGAUUACGCUCACCAGCGUUACCCAGGGAUACGAGGAUGGUAUGUCCCGCACCCACCGACCGAGAACAGGAUGUCCAUAGACCGUGUCAUCUACAUUCGCGGAACGAAUUCUGCCGAGUGCCUGCGGGCAGGUUUGCCGUACUUCGAAGGCGAUAUGGACAACUGUGUAGCCCCGUUCUUCAAGAGGAGUGGCAUGGGCAGAUCAGGGCGGUCCAUCUCCUAUGGCACACUGAAGCGACGGAGAGAUGCAGAGGAAAACCCCGAGGGAGGCGUCGCGCCCCUCUUGAAGAAGAGACGUUUCAAGUUGUCUGAGGAAGACUACGAUCUCGAUUUGCUACAGUCAAACGAAUACUUGGACAUCAGAGAUGGCCCUGUAGCACUGACACAAGAGCAGACUCGCUACCGGCCCGCAAAUAAACGAGAUCGGACAUGGCGGCCUAAGCCUCGCGAUCAAUCUAGUCCACGCGGCAUUCUGCGCAAUAAAGUGCAGCCGAGGCCAAUACUUGGGCAUCGCGCACAAUGGAGUGACCAAGCCGACUUGUGCUAUUCGCCCAAGUUAGGUCCUAUACCUCUUCCAUUGCCUUAUCAAACGGCCACGCCGAUACUUGGCGCCUUUCUUGAAAACGAUGAAGAGGAUGGACCUGCGCAGCUUCCACCAUCGGACGACGAACUCAGUGACGACGAAUCCUCUGACACUCUCGAUGGAACGAGUCCUACCCCGUCGGUCAUCGAGCCGAAGGACGACGUCGCUUAUGCUUUGGCUGCCGCUACUCUGGGGCUGCCCAAGCCGGUGCAAGAAGAUCCAGCUCCCAUUCGUCUUUUCCCUGAGCCUAGAGUGUUCCAUGUGCCGGGCUCAUUCCCGACCUCUUACGAGGAGUCAAACCCUCAACGAGGUCCCCUGUACGGAUCUGAAUUCAGUCUCGCGAAUGUUGCUUGGCGUGAGGUCUUCGGAAUCCGUCUUCAGCAGAGCAUCCAAGACCUUGCAAACGCUAUUCAGCUGGUGGCGGUGAAGUUCCGGCGCAGCGAUUCGGUCUGGAAGGUGGUGUAAUGAACGUCUUAUCAAAAACCUGUCUAAUAUACUCAGGUUAGUUUCGUCAUGCGACACCGGUUCCUGAAAUUAUUUGUUAUUGGGAUCUUUUGUGGACCCUUUUAUUAGUCACGUUGUGAUCUCCUGUGUGCUCUUCGCUCGUCGUGUUUUGACAUAUCGUGUGUAGCUUGAUUUGCAUUUGUACAAUGACAUUGCUCGCUCUGGCGC